UGUUGCGAAUAGAACAGUAGCUGUGGGUCGAGUGGCGACAAGUGACAACAGUAACACAAGGAAGGAGCUGUGCUGCGCAUUUUGGGAGCGCGUUAGUGGUGUCAUCGACGGCGGCUAGACGAAACACCCGUCGCAUUGCGGUGACGCCGCGGGUUAGUCCGGCUCCGGUGGUUUUGGUAGUUCUGGGACUGAGUGGAAACGGGUGUGAAUAGCGAGCUGGCUGUACGGAGUUUGGAGAAGCGCGAAUUCAGGCAAUCAGGAAUUUUUGUGAGACGGAAGUUCCAGGAUGAUAUCACUGUGAUACCUGGAGAUCUGUCAGCCCCAGAAUGGCUACGGCAAAGAAGAGGUCAACUUCAAAGGCGGGGGGGGUCCGCUUCUCUGAGGACACCAGCGCCCACUCCCAUGUCCAUUUUGAUGAGAAGCUGCAUGACUCCGUCGUCAUGGUGAUUCCCGAGGUGGAUGGCAACUUCCUAGUGAAGGUGGGCUUUCUGAAGAUCCAGCAUAAGUACGAGAUUGUGUUCACGCUCCCGGAAGUGCCGGCCUUGGGGAGGGAUGUCUGCCCGGCGCCGGUGCCAAACCCCCACCUCAGUGUUACGGACAUCAGGCAUGCGGCAGAGGGUGGUCUGCAGGUGACCUGUGAGUACCUGGCCCACCAGGAGGGGGUUCUGCAGGAGGACGUCAUUCUGGUGAGCGAGAGCAAGGAAGACGCCUCUGUGCGGGUCAGGCUGCAGGCCCGUGUUAUGGACCGCCAUCACGGGACGCCCAUGCUGCUGGAGGGGGUGCGGUGCGUGGGGAUGGAGCUGGAGUACGACUCGGAGCAGAGCGACUGGCAGGGUUUCGACUAGCCUGUCCUCCCUCAUCCCUGUCAUGGAUACACAGGUUGAAAACUGCUGCCCUUGCAGCAGACAGACAAAUCAGUUAAAUUGAUGUGACUGCACACACUCAAUGUAUACCUGUAGAAAUGGACUGUUAAUACACACACACACAUACGCUCUUGCUGCCACAGAUCUAACCCACGCACAUGCAUGCGAAAAGUGGAAGCUAUCUUUUUCACGUGUUAUAUUGACUCUGAAGAAUGCCACUGUGAAUCCAUUCAGAACAAGGGAAGGUUGGAGGCUGAGGGAUCUUCUCCUGUUUCACAGGAAUAAUUCUGCAUCGUAAAUACAGAAUAACAUUGUCUUCAUUUAUGUACGAUUUAUUUUUAUGGCCCGACAAUGUCUACUACUUUUUUUUUGCUCUCUAAAAGUGCAGAGCUUCUGCAAUAUAGCCACAAGGGGUCGCCCAAGAGAAUAUGUGGUGUUCGUCUGGUACUGCCGUUGUGUGAUUUAUUUUUAUUUUUUUCUGCUUUGCCUUGUUUCUCUGUAGUGAUUUAGUAAAUACCAUUCUGCAUCCGAAUCAGAAGGAGAGUGAUGAACUGACAGUGUCUCCCAGUGUCCCCCAUGAUACCAUUACCAGUCUUUGAACUGCUUCAGUACAGUCAAGGAAAUUUUUUUUUUUAUUUCAUUAGCAGUAGUAGUAUUUUACCUUAGCUGUGCAUAUAUUAGCACUUCGGAUCCAGCUCACAUUGUCCCAUAUUCACUGAUAAUAUGAUAUAUUAAAAUUUGUUUCCUGGGCGGGAUGCUGAACCUUCCUGCUUCCCUUUGUGUAUGUGUGGGGGGGGUGAGGGGGGUUCUGGUAUUGUAUGCCAUUCGUCACUAUGCCCUGGUGCAUAUGAAGAAUAUUCCUCAUCUAAAGUGCCUGAGACAUCUUCAGCUAACUGCCCCCAGUCCAGAAUCAGCUUUUUCAUAAAAAUAGAAGGUUAGUCCGAGGAAAUGCUCGUGUGUAUUGGCUUGGUCUAACGGCGCAUCGGACGAGCCUAAGGAUUUUCAUUAAUUCAUUUCUUGAUUGUGAUCUAAAAAAAAAAAAACAUCCCACAAUCCUGUACUGGAUGAGUGACUGGAAGGCAGAUGCUUGGAGUACAUAUUCACACACAAAAAUCUACUGCUUUUUUCGUUCCUAAUUACCAUUAGACCUGGGGGCUCGCUGACCAUCUUUCACCUGGGAAAUCAAACUAUGCAGAGCUAAUGUUCCAGAAGCAGGAAUGUCAUCAAGCCUUAUGUAAAAGACAACAGUUUUAUCUCAAGAUCGUGGUUUUGUGUGCCUCUCUGUUUUGUACUGUUUAGAAAGUAAUUCCAAUGCAUUCAGAUUUGCAGAAAUUAUUUCCAAUAUUAUUGUAUUUUUUGUCAUGUUUUUCCAAUGAAAAAUAAAAGCAGUGUUUGUCAACCGUCGUAUGGUUCGCUUAUCAGUACCGCAAGGGGGUGUGCUGUGGAUGUAACAGUUGAUGUGUUAAGUGAACAUUAAGAGAUGUUCUCAUUGUGUUGAUUUGCUAUGACCCUGUAUGCAUGAUUGUCAUAGGGCCAUAUAUGUGUAGCACUGAUCAGUUAUUUCAUUUGAAGGCCACAACACUUAAUGAGUUGAUUUGGGCAAAAUAUCAACAGAUGGUGUGAAUAAUUCUUUUUAAGUGAAAGUAACGUAAAAAGCUGCUUUACUUCCAUUGGAAAUACAAUUGUAUGUGUGAACAUUGUAUUGUACUUUGUUAGUUAUCCUCCAGCAAUAUAAAAAGUAUAUUACAAUGCUUUUUAAUUUUUAUUAUAAGGUCACUUUUAAGCAGUAUGUUUGUGUAAUAAAAAUAUGUAGCUGUGA